AUGGCUACCGCAAGCAUAGUUCAACUUCAAGCUGUAGACAAGCCACAGUUCUAUCGCCCGCCAAUUUCUCAGUCCUCUACCGACAAGGCGACCGAGCUUCUCCAAGACAACCACGAAAGACAUCACAUCUUCUUCAACGCCGAUGGCUUUCACAACCACAUCGCUCAUCAACUACUCACCAUAUGGUCGCUCGGAGCCACACCCGAAGAGCUACAGCGAGGCUACGACACCAACAAAAGCUACCAAAGACCCGCAAGAAAGCCCGAGAGCACAAUUGUGCAAGGUCUCCAGGAUCCCGCGACGUUCAUGAGCCACCUCGGAGUAGAGCAGCACUAUAACGAUUUCCUCGAAUUUUUCCGGCAAGAAAUCGACAAGAAGGGCUGGCAACAUGUGCUCAAGCAGUAUGUCUUCGCGGGCGACGAGCGUGCAGAGACGAUGCUCGUCAGAAUGUUUGCAGGUCUCUUGCAUCCCAUCAUCCAUCUCGGCUUCGGUCUCGAGUUUCAGCAGCCCGCUAUUAUUGCUGAAGCUCUUGCUCAGGCUGCGUGUCACGAUGACUGGAUUGGAGAGGUCCUUUUGCCCGCAGAAGCGGCCGCGGAGAAGAAUGGCAACAAUGACAAGACUAUCGUGGAGCUGAUUCACGAAAUUCAUAACCACAAGGAAAUUCGUGAAGCGCCGCGUUGGUCCGACAGCAACAAAAUCCGAGACGGACUCCUCGCCCGCGCAGCCCAACCUCUCAUCGACAUCAUCUCCCAAAUCCACAUCCCGCCCGAAGCAGAAGCAGAAGCAGAAGAAAAAGAAAAAGAAAUCCUCACUCGCCAAACCGCCGAAAUGACGCAUGCGGCAAUUCUCCUCACAGCCGGAGCUCAACGAGCACACAAAGCCAUCAAAUUCGAUUUCUUCCUCAUGCACAGUGUCAACGCGACAAUUUUCUGGCCGAUUCUCAAUCGCCAGGCUUGGCUUUCCCCCACGCAGAAAAUUCGACUGCUCGAAUGGAAAAUUCGAUUCGAUCUCGUCUUGUACGCUUCUCGGAAAUCACCCGAAAUUCGUCGAGAUGAGAUUCGUGGGUAUGCGCCGAAAGUAGUACAAAAACAAAACCAAAACCAAAAACAAAAACAACAGGAAGAUCAUCAGGAGGCGGGAUGGGAUGAUAUUCUGGAGAGAGCGUGUCGGGUAGAUGAUGAUGGACAUGCGGCGAAAUUAGUCCGGGCGGUGGCGAAUGGGGAGCAAGUUUGUCGACCUUUUGAAGGGCAAAAGGGGUCUGAGCUUGCGGGAGAGGAUUGGUUGAAGUUGGGAUAUAUGGUGAUUGAUUCGGUGGAAAUGGAGGUUGGUGAGAGGUGGGUGCGAAAUGCGGGGUUUGAGGAGGCGUGGGAGAAUGUACCGGAGAGGGGAGUGGGUGGAAAGUAG